AUGGCUUCCAAAGGCUCCUCAAAGAGCUUGUUCCGUACGCUCUGGAGAAAGACCCCGGCGAAACAUCUCAUGCUCAAUCGACCACGGAUACGUUCACCUGGUCGACUGGCAGCGUUUUCGACAACACGGUCCGGCCAUGCUCGCGGAACAGAAUACCUCCAACUCCACGACCCGGACCUCACCGAGUCCCAACGCACGGUACGCGAAGCCAUCAGCAAAGUAUGCGCCAGGUUCGACGACAACUACUGGCUCGCCGCCGACCGCGAGCACCGUUUCCCCGUCGAGUUUCACCAGGCGGUGGCCAAGGACGGAUGGCUGGGGAUUUGCAUGCCUUCCGCGUACGGCGGGAGCGAGCUGGGCAUCGCCGAGGCGGCAGUCAUGGUGCAGACGAUCGCCGAGAGCGGGGCGGCGUACGCGGGCGCGAGCGCGGUGCACAUGAACAUCUUCGGGCUCGAGCCGGUGCGCAAGUUCGGCAGCGAGGAGCAGAAGAAGCGCAUGCUCGUGCCGCUCAUCGCGGGCAGGGAGCGGGCGUGUUUUGGCGUGACGGAACCCAACACGGGCCUCGACACGCUGAGGCUGCAGUCUCGAGCGGUCCGCAAGGGCGACGAGCAGCACUACGAACUCAGCGGGCAGAAGAUAUGGAUCUCGACGGCCCAGGUUGCCGAGAAGAUCCUCGUGCUCGUGCGGACGACGCCUCUCGAGCACGUCAAGAAGCCGAGUCACGGGCUGAGCCUGUUCUACACCGACCUCGACAGGACACAGGUCCAGGUCACCGAGAUUCCAAAGAUGGGCAGGGCGGCCGUAGACUCAAACACCUUGUUCUUCGACGGAUGGAAGGUGCCGCGACAAGACCUGAUUGGCGAAGAGGGCAACGGGUUCAAGAUGAUCAUGCACGGGAUGAACGCCGAGAGGAUCCUCAUUGCCGCCGAGGCGCUGGGGAUAGGGUUCGCUGCGUUGAGACGGGCCGCGCUGUACGCCGGGGAGAGGAAGGUGUUUGGAAGGCCGAUCGGGCAGAACCAGGCCAUCCAGCAUCCUCUGGCGGACAGUUGGAUGCAGCUUGAGGCCGCGAGACUGAUGAUCUACCAGGCGGCGAGGAUGUACGACCAAGGAUAUGAGACGGGCGAGUAUGCCAAUGCGGCAAAGUAUCUCGCUGCAGAGGCGGCUUUUACGGCAUGCGAACGCGCCGUCAUGACGCACGGCGGUAUGGGGUAUGCAAAGGAGUAUCACGUCGAGAGAUACCUGAGGGAGAUCAUGAUCCCCAGAAUUGCCCCGGUGAGUAGAGAGAUGAUCAAGAACUAUAUUGGCGAGAGGGUGCUCGGGUUACCGAGGUCGUAUUGA